AUGGCUUUCUCCAAGCUUCUAGCUGCUUCUUUUCUUGCAUCACUUCUCUUUCUUCAUCUUGUUGAUGCGGCAGAUCAAUCGGAACAUACAGAAACUGAAGGCUCUCUUUUUCGGAAGAAAAUAGAUUGUAAUGGAUCAUGCGUUGCAAGGUGCCGUUUAUCAUCUCGACCAAGAUUAUGUAAAAGAGCAUGUGGGACUUGUUGCAGAAGAUGUAACUGCGUGCCACCUGGUACUGCUGGAAACCAAGAAAAGUGUCCCUGUUAUGCCAGCUUGACUACUCAUGGUGGCAAACGCAAGUGCCCUUAG